CACAAGCAGAAAAACAUAAGCGGAAUACUAAACUAAGCAAGCACAUGUAAUAAAAAGUGAACAGAAAGCGUCGUACGAUUAUUCUAACUAGUUGUUCUCUUCAGUGUAGGAUACAACGAGAAGCUGUUGAGUUGACUUUUGUUGCCCAGUAUCAUUGUUGCUGGUGACGCUGCGAGGCACUGUUACUACUAACUGCUAAUUUCUGUUAGCAACGACGGGUACCUGUGUCAUUUAACCGAAAGUAAAAAACGAGGUUAGCGAACGGAAACAACAAAUCAAAAUGCCUCGCUUUUCGUUCUUCUCCAACAAAAAAAGUCAAAGGCAACGGGCUCACUUAGACCGAUGCGCCACAUCGCACAAGCCGUUUAUCUCGAAGCCGUCAAACUUCCAACAUAUCGUUCAUAUUACUGGGUCUAAGAUAGAUGGCCCUAAACAAACUUUGAAGUUGACACCGAUGUCGGAUCACAAGAUCAGCGCAAUGGUAACUUCUGAUCGUAUAUCAAAGCCAACGAACUUCAGACAUCUCGUGGACGGCCGCCAGCUAUUGCAGAAGUUGUGUCACGCUACUAAGCCGCAAAUCCGCAGAAUGACCCAUCCGGAGAGACGACAGACACGCCUAACUGCAAAAGACAUCUCGCUUCCAAGCCAUUUCGUACACGUGUUUAGAUUCCGUCCAAAUGAUGGCGAAGUGCCGCAAUCCACCAUUCCCUGCAAAACAUCUGCAAUUUUUGCGGCAAGCUCGGCAAACAUGAUCUUCGGACGCAGUGUGAUUUAAGUUAAUUUAGCGAACCAUUGGGCGAACGUUACGUUUUUGCUGCAGUAAUUAGAACAUAAAUAAGCCUGAUUGCUGCAUUAAAAAAACAAAAAGACAAGCCUAACCGGUGCUGUCGCUACUAAGUUUUUCUACUCUAAAGAAAACGCUUUAUAAUUUAGUCCUGCAGCGUUGAGACAGGGUAAGGUUAAUUGUUAUUCUGCCAGAACCAUAUGGAACUUGAUGCUACACACGUAUUUUGUAGUUGGUAAAAAAAAAUUAUUUAGCGUCUGAUCGGCCUCAAACCAGCGUCUUAAUUAACAACUAAUGUAACGUAAAUAUUAUCUACUCAAUUGUUUGCGAAUUUGCGGGUCGUAUCAGCUUAUGGAGACUUUAUUGCUAAUGCUACUGUUUACGCAUUUUUUGUGUUGAAAACUUCAAUGAGCUAAUAUAAACGAGAGCGUGUACUCUGCAGUUAUCAAAUAUUCGCGGAUAUUAUAAUUGCUUUCCUGAAUCAAAUUUUCAAUGAAUUCGAAGAAAUGUAUGUACUAAGAUCUACAAUAAUCCAAUAACUUGUUAAAAAUCAAUUCCAGCUCAGAUAUUUACGUUUCUCUGUUCUAUUAUGGCCAAAUGUAUACGAUUCCCAAAAGCAAAAUUACAUAUUAUAGCUUCGAUGAGCAAAAAUCUUUCUUUAAAUAACGUUUUCCAACAAUGAUCAAUGCGCUUAGUAAUAUCUCUGAAGAUUGCGUCAUACUCAUACUACGCAGAAAUAGUUGUGUCCGUCUAUUUGUCGGAUCAAAUUGCGUACCUUGUUUGCAAGCAGUUUUGUUAUAGUUUCGGCAAAAAUAAUUUAGAUCCUGUUGGAUAGUUAAAAACAUGGCUUAACGUCUACUUUAGUCGAAGCAAGCAAAAACCUUAAGCAUCUUGUGCGUACGCUUGUGUAAUUUGGUCCCCUCAAAGACAGAGGCGUUUAUUUUUGUGCUGCCGCAUCUGUACAGUAUAUAUGCUUUAGACAUAUUGAACAUGAGAAUCAGCUGAUAACAAUUAUGGCCAGUGAAGACUAUGCCAAUAUUCUGGAAUAUUAUAUGGAUAGUGACUGGAAUAUUAACUCACAUAAAAAUACAGAUCUGUAAAUGCCUCCUCCUUUAACUAAUGAAUAAUAAAAGUAAUUAUUUCCUUAA